AACGAACACAACACAAAAAAAAAGGAGGGAGGACAGCAGUGGAAAACACAAGCAAGCAGAUGGCUGAUGAGUUGUUGGUGGCUGUUGGGUGUGGCACUGGCCAUGUGCAUGUGGUUGGCUGCAGCCAAAAGGGUGCAGACGCCAAGUUGGCGUUGAAGGCGUCUACCCUCCUCGCAAAGCGGCCCAUGUUUGCUGCGCCCCUGGAUUCCACCCACAUGAUCACAGUGAGCCAGCAGCUGAGCGACGACGACACAACGCAAGGAGCCUUGCUGUCUGUUGCCUUUGAUGAAGAAUCUGGUGCAACUCGGGAACUCUGCAGAGUUCCAACCGGCGGAAAGGGCCCAUGUCAUGUGAGCGUCUCGCCGAACCACCGGUGGUGCUUUGUCACCAACUACGAAACAGGACACAUCUCGUGCUGUGGACUGGACAAGGCAACGUUCAAGCUCACCGCGCCACUGUGUACCGUCCGCCAAGGCCCAGAUGAUUACACCGGCAAGGGGCGGCAGGACGGGUCGCACCCGCAUCAGGCAGUGGCCUCAAGGGACAGCGCACACGUGUACAUCUGUGAUCUUGGCACCGACUCUGUCAACAGGUUUAAGGUCAGCGAGGAAGGACAACUUGUGUUUGUUGAUGCGCUCCAAGUUCGACCUGGAGCAGGACCGAGGCAUCUCGCAUUCCAUCCGACGCUGCCUGUUGCCUACGUCCUGCAUGAGCUUGACAACGGCGUGACUGUUGCUGCUGUUACUCCCGAUGGCCGCCUCACCAUUGCACAGGUGGUUGACGCGUGUGUUCCUGGCGACUACGACGCGCCGCCGCCGUUUGAGUUUUACACCGCCAACAACCACGCGGCGGAGGUCGUCGUAUCUGCCGAUGGAAACAUCGUCAUCUGCACAAACAGAGGUCACGAUUCGCUGGCAAUCUUCCACGUCAACCAAGGCACCGGCCAGCUGUCUCUGACUAGCCACGUAUUUACGAAAGGUGCAUUGCCGUGGCAUGCCGCUUUUGUCACGCAAGAUCUGCUCGCCGUCACAACCCAGUUCGACAAAGGCCUGAAAGGUGGCGGGUUCCUUGAACUGUACCGUCUGCAGCAGGAUGGCGGCGAUCAGACCACGCUCCGCUUUGUUGAUGCGUUGCCCAUUGAGGAGCCGCUGUGCGCGGUCCCGCUGUGACCUCCACCCACUUUUUCAUCACCCUCACCCACUCACCCUCACCCACUCACACCCACACCCACACCCACUCACACCCACACACACACACACACACGCGUGAAUGCAUACGUAUAAGCUGAUGGAAUUUGGGGGGGGGGGGGAUUUUACUCAACGAUACGAUACAAAGGGCCUCGGAACAGCCGGGCAACACGUAG